UCUAGUAGCAUAAACAUGCUGCUGCACAUGAAAAUCUUUAUUUAUGGCACCAAUAACCGCACCAUCAUCUUAGCUGUUUUUUGUUUCGGGUAUUUAGUUGUGACUCUAUGUCAACGCGCUAGGAAAAACCAAUUUGAUUUCAGACUAGCACCAAAGAAUGGUGAUUUAUUCUCAAUAUGGAAUUUUGAUGGGAGAAUUGCAUAUGCGGAUAUCAUUGAAGCAACAGAGGAGUUUGACAUCAAGUACUGUAUUGGAACCGGAACCGGAACUGGAACCGGAACCUACGGUACUGUUUACAAAGCACAGCUACCAAGCGGCAAAGUUGUUGCCUUGAAGAAGCUUCACCAUUGGGAAGCUCAGGAGCCAGCUCUGUUCAAAUGUUUCAGCAAUGAAGUAAAAAUGUUAUCGGAGAUCAGACAUCGAAACAUUGUGAAGCUUCAUGGUUUUUGUUUGCACAAGCGUUGUAUGUUCUUGGUCUAUGAAUACAAGGAAAGAGGAAGCUUAUUUAGUGUUCUAAGCAACGAUAUUGAAGCUGCAGAAUUGGAUUGGACCAAGAGAGUACAUAUCAUUGAAGGCCUAGCACAUGCAUUAUCAUACAUGCAUCAAAACUGCACUAUACCAAUCAUUCACCGAAAUGUGACAAGCAGCAAUAUUCUUCUCAACUCUGAGAUGGUGGCAUAUUUAUCCGACUUUGGCACAGCCCGACUCUUAUAUCCUAAUUCCUCAAAUAGAACAAUGUUAGCCGGCACUCCUGGAUAUGUUGCUCCAGAACUUGCAUUCACCAUGGCCGUGACCGAGAAAUGCGAUGUUUAUGGUUUUGGAGUGGUGGCCCUAGAAAUAAUCAUGGGAAGACAUCCUGGAGAACUCAUUGUUGGAAAAUUUGAAAAGAAAUAUUGCUGCAAUUAUUCUCUGAUAUAUCAAAUCACAUAGAGAACAAAUAGAAAAUUCAGACAAACCUUUUUCCUGAUA